ACUGGGCUGGGCGCCUUGUGGGCCUCCUCUCUGCCUUCCUAGGGGGUUCCAGCAUCGCCCUCCUUUCGUGGACUGGGAAAUACGCCUGACUCCAGGACUUGUGUUGUCCUCACUGCACUGGGGAAGGUGGCGGGGGACAGCUUUUCAGGAGGGCCUGGGGAAUUUCGCAGAGCCAGGUCACCCUCUCACUCUGUGCCUCUUAGUUAUCUUGCAUGGUCUGGUCUUUGCAUACGCUGCUCCCUGCACCAGGAACCUUCAUCCCCAUCUGUGUCUGCUUGUCGAACUUCAGAAAUCUGCAAGGGUCAGCUUAGAGGUCACUUCUUCCAGAAGCUUUCCUCAACACCCUCCCCGCCCUGCUGCUGCUGCUCUCAGGCCGUCCUCUUACAGCACUGAUAACAGCUGUCCUUCCCCACCCUCCCACCACCUCCACUCCCACCCCAGGAAGUGAGGCUAGAGGGCAGGGACAGAGCUGCUGCUGUUCUCUGUGUGCCAGGGCCCAGCAAAGGGAAUGUAGGGAGGGUGGGAGGUGCAGGGCAGCUGGGGUUAGGGGUUGAGGGCUGGGUGUUGGAGGCUGGAUCCUGCUUUAGUGGAAGUGUCCCUUUAACAGCGGCUGGCCUGGCCUGGCUCGGGCCCUGCUUUGCCUCCUGUUCAGCUGUGGCUGCAGCUGCCAUGCUGACUCAUGUGCCCGCAGCUAGCAGGAGCUGGCAGCAUGGGCUCCCCAGGGGCUACGACAGGCUGGGGGCUUCUGGAUUAUAAGACGGAGAAGUGGGCUCUCCUCGCCAAAAAAGGCUACCAGGAGCGGGACCUGGAACCCCAGAUUUCCAUCAUCACUAAACUCAAAGGGGUUUCCGUGACUCAGAUCAAGGAGCUUGGAAACCGGCUGUGGGAUGUGGCCGACUUCGUGAAGCCGCCUCAGGGAGAGAACGUGUUCUUCUUGGUGACCAACUUCCUUGUGACGCCAGCCCAAGUUCAGGGCAGAUGCCCAGAGCACCCGUCUGUCCCACUGGCUAACUGCUGGGCCGACGAGGACUGCCCUGAAGGGGAGAGAGGCACGCACAGCCACGGCAUAAAAACAGGCCAGUGUGUGGUGUUCAAUGGGACCCACAGGACCUGUGAGAUCUGGAGUUGGUGCCCAGUGGAGAGUGGCGUCGUGCCCUCGAGGCCCCUGCUGGUCCAGGCCCAGAACUUCACACUGUUCAUCAAAAACACGGUCACCUUCAGCAAGUUCAACUUCUCUAAGUGCAAUGCCUUGGAGACCUGGGACCCCACCUAUUUUAAGCACUGCCGCUAUGAACCGCAGUUCAGCCCCUACUGUCCCGUGUUCCGCAUUGGGGACCUGGUAGCCAAGGCUGGAGGGACCUUCGAGGACCUGGCAUUGCUGGGUGGCUCUGUGGGCAUCAGAGUUCACUGGGAUUGUGACCUGGACACCGGGGACUCUGGCUGCCGGCCUCACUACUCCUUCCAGCUGCAGGAGAAGAGCUACAACUUCAGGACAGCCACUCACUGGUGGGAGCAACCGGGUGUGGAGGCCCGCACCCUGCUCAAGCUCUAUGGCAUCCGCUUCGACAUCCUCGUCACCGGGCAGGUCACCUUUUUCUGUGACUUGCUGCUGCUGUAUGUGGAUAGAGAAGCCCAUUUCUACUGGAGGACAAAGUAUGAGGAGGCCAAGGCCCCGAAGGCAACCACCAACUCUGUGUGGAGGGAGCUGGCCCUUGCAUCCCAAGCCCGACUGGCCGAGUGCCUUAGACAGAGCUCAGCACCUGCACCCACGGCCACUGCUGCUGGGAGUCAGACACAGACACCAAGAUGGCCCUGUCCAAGUUCUGACACCCACUUGCCAACCCAUUCCGGAAGCCUGUAGCUGUUCCCUGCUGGUUGAGAGUUGGGGGCUGCCCCUGCCUGGGGAUCUCAAGGAUGAGGCCCCAGCAUGGAGGAUUGGGGGUAGAAUUCCACCCUUGAACCCCAGCAGACAGUCCCUCCCCCGACUCCCACCUUGGCAGGGUGCUGCCUCAGGGAGCCACAGAAGUCAGCUGUGUUUUGAGACGGUGACAGAACCUGACCUGUGGAGACUGGGAGAGCCCAGCAGGCACUUGUAUUGCAGGGCUCCGACUGCAUGUGGCAGGGGCUCCUGCUGCGUCUGGGCCUGGAGGUCUCUCUCCCAGUGCUCUGUCCCCAGUGUUCCUAGCAGAGGUAUGCUUACCAGCUGUCAGCACAGACCCGGCUGCUGCCUGGGUCCUGGCCCUCCUCCCCAAUCUGCACCCCCAUCACAGGUAGAGACCCUACCCUCCCAUUGGUCCUACAUGGGGCUGUGCAGCUGGAGCCAAAAAGGCAAGGUAGAAAGAGGAGUGAUGGCGGAGGGGGAUUGUUUCAGCUUCUCUGGUGCUGUGAUGCCCCAGGAGAGUCCUAAUCUAGGGAAUGGCGUGGAGUAGGCAGAUAAUCCACCCCCCUAUCCCCCAGACAAGGGCGGAGCAUAUGUCUUGGGCCCACACCUGCUCAGUUUAUGAGGACCGGCUGCUUUCCAGUGGUAGCCCUUUUGCCAUGGAGGGCUGGGAGAGAGAGCAGAGGGCGGCAGGGCUAAGUUGGUGAUCAUUGGGUUCUUCAGGACCUUCUAUAUCCCUCCUCGGUGACACCCCAGCCCAACCUCUUGGAAUCUUUCCUCCAGGCUUCCUGAGAGCCCUGGGGGUGGAGGCUGUGGGAGGCUGUACAUCUGAAAUUCACUUCAAUCCAAGUCACACCUAGGAAGCUGUCUGGGCAGCUGCUCGAGGGAGGCCCUGGCUCUGAUCCCAGGCUGAGUGGAGUGGCUGGAAGGAAUGGGUCCAAACACCACCGAGAUCUCCCUCAGGCUGGCCAGGUUUUGCAGCUGGAAUUCUCCUCUUGGUCCCAGGGCGGGGCAGGGAAUUCUAAGCGUCCACCCCAGGGAGGCAAGGGGCUGCUUUCCACUGUGGGUACCUGGUGAUCAGGGCAUGCUGUGGAGGGCCAGCGGUGGGGCUGAGACUGGGCUGACAUCUGGAAUCAUCUGCCACCUGGAGCCUCAGUAAAAUGCCUGGGGUCCCUGCUGCCUCUCAAUCUCCAGAGCCAUGUCCAUGGGGAGGUGGGCUCUGAAGGGCGAAGGUGGGAGAGCGUGGCCCCUGAGGCCUGGGUAUCCAAGGAGGGGCACAUGCACCUGAUUCUCCUUGGGGCCCAGAGGAAGCUGAUGUCAUGGCUGGACAAAGUCACGGAGUAAAGCCAGCAAAGCC